CUAUGUGCUCUGUCUGAAAUAGUCUGAUUAAAACAAAAAGUGACAUUUAAAAACUGCCAUAGAUAAAAAAGUGAUGCGCGCGCGAGGUUUGCUGAAUUUUCUCGUGUCAGCUUUUUAUCGAAAAAUAACUCUUUCUGUUAUUUGAGACGUGCCGGUGUGUUUACUGCGAUGGAAUUUAGCGUUCCGUGUUCUCUCGAGUCUUGAGUUUGGUUCUGCAAGGUGGUAUACGUAUCGCACUUUAUCUUCGUCAGUUUAACGGCGGCAUGAUGGUUAUUGAAAAGGUGCAUGGUCUUCAAGCGACCAGCUUGAGCCUCAACGAGAGGUUUACGCUGCUAGCGGCGGCAGCCCCAGACCGUGUGGUCUCGAGGCCGCGGCGGCGCCCGAGCGUCAACUCCUAUUUCAACGAGAACAACAUGAACCUGAGAAAUCAAAACUUUCUGGGGAGCGUUGCCGCCCGGCGUCUUGAAUUUGAGGCCAAGAGACAAGCACUGAGGCAGCGAUUGGGAACAUUACGUCGCUUCGGCAGCGAGAGCAGCCUGCCCGGCCUGCGACGCUACAACAGCUACAGCAACCUUAGCCAGGGCAGCUUCAAGCAGAGGCCGUCUUGGAGGCAGAAUGGGAAUCUGAGCCGCUCGACGUCAUUCGAAAACCUAUCGCAGGCCUGGCGCGGCUACCGCCGGCGCCGCGGCGUGUGGAGGGCUCGUGGUCGAUUCAGGGGCCGGGGCGGCUUCACGCGCGAUGUCCCUCGCUUCGCGGGCGCGGGCGGCGUGGGCACGCGCGGACGGACGCAACGUGCGCGCGGCGGGGUCACACGUGCGAGGGGCAGGGGACGAGCUGGCAUACUCAAGAAUCAAACCCAGAAGCCGGUGCCCACGCGUGAGGAGUUAGACGAGCAACUAGACCAAUACAUGGCGUGUUCGCGGGCCGCGCUCGACCACGAACUAGACGAAUACAUGAAGAACGCUAUGGAGCUCGAAUAACGAGCCAAGGGACAACACUACGCACGCAAAACAAGAGAGCACAGACACGGCAGAAGCAUCGAGGGUACAAGAAGUACUUAAUACUACCGAUAGAUGGCGCUGUCUUGUAAAAACAGAUGGGAGAAGACAUUGAUAAAUCAGUCUAAAGCCCGGUCU